AUGCCUGCGCUACUCAAUCUUCACCAAACACAAUUGGGCCCUAUUACCGAGCCCGUUCUCGAUAUCGUCAACGCAGUCAGAGAUGCAAACGGACAAAUACCGAGAGCCUUUCCAACCGCGAUAUUCAUGUAUGGAUUCGCAAGUGGGUUUUUCGGUUUUAUUUUUCUCGUUGCAUUGUUUCAUGGAUUUCAACGUAGGAAAAACGUGAAGUUCGUGAAAUUUGGUCCCAGCUUCCCUGAUCUGCGAGAAGGGGACAAAUUCUUCCUCGAGCAGGAAAAUGGUAUCAACUACGAGGGUGUUGUGCGUUUUGAUGAGUCAAGUGGCUGUGAUUUCACAAUUGAUGAGGUGAUGGAACAAAAGUCAGUCAUCAUUUCAUCCUCUAAGUUAGAGCAGGCGGAGAUAGAGGACGUUCAGAGAAAAGCAAAGAGGGAAUUGAGAAAGGCGGAAGACGAUUACGAAUACAAUGCUUUUAUGAAUAGCAUUUCUGUUCAUGGCUUUGCUUCUUUUGUGGGUGCUAUGGAUGCUGAUAUUGAUAAUGUUGACAUUGAGGAUGAUGAAGAUGAGGAUGAUGAGGAUGACGAAGAGAAGGAGGAGGACAGGGAGGAUGAGGAUACCACAAGAUAG